AUGACUGCAGAGAUGGAUAUUGACUUCACGCGCCGCAACAAGAAGCCGCGCCCCCUAUCUGAACACGAGAAAGAGAAGCUGGACGAGUUUGUCGACGCGAUCCAUUAUUCGGCGAGAUACUCAGAUGACCAAUACGAGUAUCGACAUGUGCAGCUUCCAAAGCAGAUGCUGAAAGCCAUUCCCAAAGAUUACUUCGACGGUGCUCGAGGCACAUUGAAGCUGCUGUGGGAGGAGGAGUGGAGGGCGCUUGGGAUCACACAGAGCUUGGGUUGGGAGCACUACGAAGUCCAUGAGCCAGAACCACAUAUUCUUCUCUUCAAGCGACCGAUCAACUAUCAGCCACCAAUGCACUAG